CGGAUUUCCAUUCCGUCAGGCUGGGGGCUUACUUCAGACAAUAGAGUUCAAACCGUCGUCAGUCUUUCGUCUUCGUUCGGAAGGAAUGGCCGUGAACCAGCAGAAGGAAGUGUUAUCGUCCCUUCCUCGCGACUUCAUGCUGCCACCAACCCCGACCAAAUCGGCUUGAGGACGAGUACAACCUUACUUUCACCUCUCACUACCCAAUCUGAUCAUUUCGUUACUUCAGUCAUUUUCUACUGUUGGCUAUGGUUCAAAUACUCCCUGUACGAUCGUUGACAUCCUCGGCAAAGGACGUGCUGAGUUCUUCCAAUCCCUCGAUGACCAGUGUCGCUGAAAACAGCGAGCCCGGUAUCUGUCACUAUCACAUCUACAAUGGUCCUAGUCCUGAAUUAAUAAACAUUCUAUCAUCGAAAAACACGCCGACCCCGGUGGAUUAUCACCGAGAGCUGCUCAUACGCGGUAUAAUCGAACAUGACAAGGAUGACGAAACCCAACCAGGCGACUGGAAAAAGCUUCAAGCCCAUCUCAACGCUGAGGAGGACCCAAAAGAUGUGGAUGCCUUCUAUAUCCGAGGGGCCAGGAGAGUGCUCAACCUUGCGCACGUGAAGGAUCUCGACGUGGUACUGGCUUCGCUUCUCUCCAGUGUCGGGGCCUUAUACGAUAGAGAUGGCAGCGUGAAAGUGUGUCUCCGAGAAAAGUGGAGGACGAUCCCCUUACCUUGGAGAGGUAGCUGGGCGUCUGAUCUUCCGACACCUUGCCCGGAUCUUACGUUCGGACACGGACGAGGAAUGGACCUCAUCCCCGGCCGUUUACCCCGGCUGGUCUCUCCAUUCUUUACCCCUGUCGAAGAGGAGCCCCAUCUUAUGCUGCCAUGUGUCACGGUUCAAGUGAAGGGGAAUGAUGACGAGCACAUCAAGCGCACGAACCAGCAUGCUGCCGCCAUCAUGCUGCGGAACAUGGCGGAGCUCAGUCUAACAACCAAGCCGUCACGACUGAUACGGGAGAUGCUGGGUCUGGAAAAUCGGGUCAGCGUGCUGACUGUGAGCGUCUUGAAAUCCUCCCUGGUCUUGACCUGCCACUGGUUAAUGCGCCACCCCGUGAUGGGCCACCUUGAGUAUCAUUCUCGCGACAUGAAAUCCUGGGACCUCGAUGAUACUAAACAGAAGGAAGAGGCCCUCAACCGCAUCUUCAAAGCCAUUCAAUGGGUUCUCAACAGGAAUCGGCCUUGGGUGAUUGAAAAAGUGCAGCUCAUUAUGGCAGAUGGGGGCUUGUAAAAGGACCCCAGCUACAUUCUUUCUUUUUUGUUUGUUGUUCUCGGUGAUGGUGGCAUUAAACUAAUGCUCUAUGAAUUGGCCGUAUUGCAUAUAAAUCUUUGAUGUUUGACUCUGCU